AUGGCGUUAGGGGGUGACACGACAAACAGCAAACUGGUGCUGGAGUGCCACAAUGCACUGGAGGCAUUAGCCCUGACGAACAGGGUCACCCUACAGUGGAUUAAGGGACACAGCAGAUCUCUCGGCAAUGACGCAGCCGAUGAGCUUGCGAGGAGAGGCUCGGAAAUGUUGCCGGCAGGCCCGUAUCCGCUCCUACCCUUGCCCUUCUCGCAAGUGCGAACAUGGAUUCGCCAGAGAUCUGAGGAACUCCAGCACCAACGUUGGUCAUCAAGUGUAGACUGCAGGCAAUCCAAAUUGGUUCUGCCAGUGACUAACACAAGAAUGACUAAACAACUUUUAAAUCUAACCAGAAAUAACCUCAAAAUAAUGAUAGGGACAAUCACGGGCCAUUGCCUCCUUAAUAAACACCUUUAUGUCCUAGGCGCGACAGACAGCCCCAUGUGCAGAGGCUGUUUCAACGCAGAGGAAACAGUCACCCACGUAGUCCUGGAGUGCGAGGCUGUGGCUAAACAACGUACAGAAAUCCUCGGAACAGUGAGGUCGCUCCGAGAAGCCUGCGAAGUGCCCAGGAAGCUUCUGUGCUUCUGGAAGGAGUUAGGCUGGCUUAGUUAG